AUGUCAGAACAGAGCUUAUCCGUAGAGUCGAACGCGAAUGGAGAUGCUGCUUUGCCCUUAUCUGUAGUGUCGAAUCCGAAUGCUAAUGUUGCUUUACCCGUUGAUGUGUAUACACCGGUUGCUAGCACGAAUGCAAGGGUUCAGAAUCUCCACCACCAGCAGGCUUCUGUGGGUUGGGUGGCGCGGUCUGUAGAGGCACGGAUAAAGGAUAAUCCGAAGUAUAAGCCGAAGGAGAUCUUGCAAGACAUUCGUGACCAGCAUGGGAUUGCCGUCUCGUAUAUGCAGGCGUGGUGUGGGAAGGAGCGUAGUAUGGCUGCUUUACACGGGACUUACGAGGAAGACAGAGUCCAUCUCAAAGGGAAGUACAUAGGUACAUUGCUCUGCGCUGCUGCUGUUGAUGCCGAUGAUCACCUCUUCCCGUUGGCAAUUGCUGUCGUGGACGUGGAAAGUGACGAGAACUGGAUGUGGUUUGUGUCUGAGCUGCGGAAGCUUCUUGGGGUGAACACGGACAGCAUCUCGAGGCUCACUAUACUCUCCGAGAGAACACCGGGUCUGGUGGAGGCCUUUGAGACGCAUUUCCCCAACGCGUUCAACGGAUUCUGCCUGCGAUUCGUCAGCGAGAACUUCCGCGACACAUUCAAGAACUCGAAGCUGGUGAACAUAUUCUGGAGUGUUGCCUACGCGCUCACAACGACGGAAUUCGAAUCCAAAAUCUCGGAGAUGGUGCAGAUCUCGGAGGAAGUCGUGCCCUGGCUGCACUAUUUCAACCCUCAGCUGUGGGCCGUGACGUACUUGGAAGGCGUACGCUACGGCCAUUUCAUGCUGAACUUCACUGAGAUACUCUACAUUUGGGCAUUGGAGUGCCACGAGCUCCCCAUCGUGGAGACGAUGGAGCACAUUCGCCAUCAAAUGGCGUCGUGGUUCCAUCAACGUCUCAACGUGGGGAUGCAGCUCGCCUCGAUCCUCGUCCCCUCCGCCGAGAAGCGGAUCUCGGAAGCCAUCUCCGACGCUAGUUGCUACAAAGUGCUCCGUGCGAACGAGGUCGAGUUUGAGAUCGUCUCCUCCGAGCGGACAAACAUCGUGGACGUAAGGAUCCGGAUAUGCUCGUGCCGCCGCUGGCAGCUGUACACGCGGCCGCAGCCCUGA